CUACAAAAUGCAUUUUUGAUGAGACCUUCAACUGAGAAGAUCUUUCCCAUAAACGAACUGCAAAAUGACGUGACUUCGUAGGUGUAAAUUACAUUUCGUUCGAAACGACAGGUAUGGAAGAACCGUUCAUCAAAGGAACACUGUUUCAAAGAGUAUUCGUUUUGUUUUCGUCGGUAAUUUUUGUCGUUGAACAUUGUUCAGCCAAAAAUAUCGACAUCGACUUGAAUUUGGCACCAGAAUGGAAACGAGAAAUUACUCAGAGAGCGUCGGAUUACGUGGACCACAUCAUUCUUCCAUUCAUUUCUAAAGAACUCAAUGAUUUAUCAGUUCCCAAUCUUUCUGGAACCAUCAAAACUCCAUUAGGAAAUGUGCAGUACGAUCUCAACCAGAUCAAGUUGUCCGAUGUAGUGAUUAAGAAGACCAAUGUUUCACUAUUAGCUGAUCACGGGUUACGGAUUUCUGCUAAUGAAGCCUCAGGAAAUAUGGCAGCUAAUUGGCACUACAAAGAGAACUCUUGGCCUCACAUCUCUGAUUCAGGAUCAUGUGACCUAUCAAUCAAAGACCUGUCACUUGGAAUGGCUUUCUAUGUUGAUGGUAACUUGGGAGAGAAGAAGGGAAAAGUCAGUGCAAAAGACUGUACCAUGAAAAUUGGCUCUGUGCAUAUCAAGUUCAAAGGAGGUGCAAGCUGGUUGUAUAAUUUAUUUGCCGAUGGCUUAGCAUCAAGCCUUAAAGACCAACUCUCCGCUCAGAUCUGUAAGACUGCUAUCAGCCUGAUUAGCUCCAAAGCUACUCAAGCCUUAGACAAUUUCCCUUCAAUUAUGAGGAAGUUUCAUGGAGUGCAAGACUGAAUGGAAGGAGUUGAGAGAAAAUCCUAGCCCAGCUUUAUUUUCCAAAGUGCUUUCAUUGUUACUUGUGAAAAAAAUAUAAAUACAGGGCUGUAGGCAAUGUCCAUAGAUUAUCCAUGAAAUUGGUAAUGACUUAAACUUAUCAGGUAGAAGUUUCCAUCUUGAUCUAACGCCACAUUCUUGUAACUAUAUACAAGGAAAUGUGUGGCAGAAGGAGGGAUCAAUUAAAGAUCAGAUCUUGGGACAUUGUACCACCAGGUCAGCAAAAAAUGCUGGUAAUCAAAUCACUGUUUAGUCACCAAAUAUUAUAUUUUUAUUACUACAAGUGGAAACAGAUGUGUACUUGUGCAAAGAGAAGUCUUGCAAUGAAUGUUGGAUGAUAUUUAUGACAAAUCCAAUAAAACUUUACAAUGUUUAUA